AUGCUAUAUGUUUUGACAUGCGUUGGUAUUUCGACAAUCUACAGGGAUCAGGAAGUGUGUUCGAACUCCUUUAAAAGUCAGUUCAGUCUGGAGAAUCGUCAGUUGAACGCAAAGUUUCAAUAUCGCAAGAUGAAAGCUUCAUUCGCUCUUCUACUGCUAGGUGUGGUUAUGGCGCAGGCCAUACCAGCGUCAAGAAUAGAAAAGAAGUCGCUUUCUGACGUGGACCAGGAAGAAAUAAACCUGGAAGAAGUUGGCGACGACAUGGACAGGGAGAAGAAGGCCAUCCUCUGCCUAGACAUCCGUACUGGCGAACAAGGACCCAGCGAUCAGCAGUCUCAAUCGGCACCUCAAGUUCAAACCUUCAACUUCCAAUCGGCUCCGCAGCCAAUGCAGGCUAUGAGCGUGAUCCCAGGACCUCAACUAAUUUCGCAGCAGUCCUACGUGAUUCCUCAGCAGGUGGUUCCACCUGUAAACACCUUGCAGAUCGUCCAGCAACCCCAGCCUUGCGCCCCGCAAGCCACCGUGAAAAUCAUCGACAGCAAGCCCCAAGAAGAACCAGAACCACCUAAAGUUCAAGAACGAAUUGAAAUUCCAAAGGUUGAUGUUACCGCCCAACCACCCGUACCUCGAGAACCAUUGUCUGACUACGUCGAGCCACCCUGCAACGACGAGAUGGUCGUUGUCCGGCCGAAGCCUUUGGUCGUGAUGUCUGAACCAACAAUGGUCAAGAUCCAUCAUUGCCCUCAUCAUUCUCAACAAGGUCCGUCGUCUCAUGCCUCUCAGUGCACCUGCAAGCAACAGGCAAUGACUGCUGUGAGGGCUGACCAUAUGCUACCCAGUCACCUGCACUUCAUGGCGAUGAGGUCCAACCCGAUGGGAAAUUUCUACCAGACACAGAUCGCUGACAUGCAGUAGGAGGAAACAGAUGCAAUCCAUGGAAUCUGAAGUCUCCUACAGAGAUACUGUUGAAGUGACAUACUGAAUAUUGUUAUGGAACCAUAUUCUACUGUAUACAUUUGUGUACAGUCUUCUUUAAAUAAAAAGUAAUAGAAUACGAUAAUGAAA